CUCUACUACAUGUAUAACGAAACAAGCUUUGAUUGAAGAGAAAUCAAUUUAAAAAAAGAAUUCAGGGUGAGACAAAGUUUUGAAUAGCGUUUGGUAAUUAAACAGUGAUAACUCGUCUCAAAACAAACUAAAUUGCGCCAAUAAUAAGUGAGUAUUUCUUUCCAAGACAAGAAUGGCAUUGCUGCUGUGGAUGAUUUGGAUUUAUGUUCUGUUUAAAACCUUUGAUUUUGGUAAUACACAGAUCAUAUAUGAAGAAUUGGGCGAGAAAAAAUUUGCGCUGGAAAAACUUACUCCCGGCAAUCAUGUAAUAAUGGUUUUAAAUGAACGUAUUUCUAAAUUGGAGAAUGAAUUACAAAUUGUGAAAGAAACACACUCUCGGCAAGAACUACUUGGAAUCGAGCUUUUAAAGGAUGGAAGUCAAAAUUCAACGAUGCAGAUUGAAAAUCUUGAAACAAAAUUAAAUACGACCUUUAAUAAAGCAAAGACAAUGAUUAAUGAAUCGUUUCAGAAACUCCUCGAAAAAGAAAAAAAUUCUACGAUGGAAAAUAAAAAAAUAUUGCAGGAAUCAGUAGAUAAAUCUGAAAUGAAAUUAUCUGAGAUGGUGAAAAAUCUAUCAAUAUCCGUGUCAAAGCUGGAAAAUGAAAUAAAAGACCAGGUAAAAAGAACUGAACACGACGUUUUCUCACAUAGAAACGAUUUCAAUGGAAAAUUGGAAAAUAUAACAACUUCAAUACAAACUACCAAUGAACGACUACAACUUUAUGGAGUGAAUAACAAUUCGACUAUCUUCCUCUUGGAACAAAACAUACAGAAUUUGCGUAAAGAACAAUUAAUAUUAGUGGAAGACGUAGCUUCGGUGAAUAAAAAGAUAUCAAUGUUGAAAAGUAAUGUUUUUAACAACUCAGCCGUUUUACAGCAUCAGUUUUCCGAAUUGACUUCAAAUAUGUCUUCCUUAACAGACGAAAUCAAAAAUAAUAUUUCAAGCGCAAUGGAAAUCGAAGUCUCGUUAAUAAAGGUAUGGUUCAUCAAUGCAACAAAUGAUUUGAAUAAUCAGAUGCAACUUGAGUUAAACAAAUCAGAAUCCAAUAUAGAUCAAACAGUUCAAAAUAUAUCGAUUUCAAUGACAACGCUAGAAAACGAGAUAACAGGCAAGUUAAAUAAUGUUAGACAAGACCUUUUCUCAUAUAAAAACGAUUUGCAGGGAAAGUUAAAAAAUAUAACAACUUCGAUACAUAAUACGAAUGUACGACUAGAGCUGGGUGAAUUGAGUAACAAUUCUACUAUCUCCCUUCUGGAACAAAACCUACAGAAUUUGCAGAAAGAACAAUUAACAUUAGUAGAUGACGUAGCUUCGGCGAAUAAAGAGAUAUCAAUGUUAAUAAGUAAUCUUACUAAAACCUCAAACGUUUUACAGCAACAGUUUUCAGAUUAUACUUUAAAAACGUCUUCCUUGACAGAGAAAAUUAAAAAAGAGCAGCAUGAUAUGUUUGGGUUCGUGGCAAAUAACAUUUCAAGCACAAUGGAAAACGAAGUCUCGUUGAUAAAGGCAUCAUUAACUAAUGCGACAAACACAAUGAAAAACCUUAUUCAACUUGAGUUAAACAAAUCAGAAUCAAAAAUAGAUCUGACGGUUCAAAAUAUAUCGAUUUCCAUGACAACGCUAGAAAACGAGGUAACAGGCAAUUUAAAUAAUGUUCGACAAGAUCUUUUUUCAUAUAAAAACGAUUUGCAGGGAAAGUUAAAAAAUAUAACAACUUCGAUACAUAAUACGAAUGAACGACUAGAGUUGGGUGAAUUGAAUAACAAUUCUACUAUCUCCCUUCUGGAACAAAACCUACAGAAUUUGCAUAAAGAACAAUUAACAUUAGUAGAUGACGUGGACUCGGCGAAUAAAGAGAUAUCAAUGUUAAUAAGUAAUCUUACUAAAACCUCAAACGUUUUACAGAAUCAGUUUUUAAAUUUCACUUUAAAAACGUCUUCCUUGACAGAGGAAAUCAAAAAAGAACAGCAUGAUAUGUUUGGGUUCGUGGCAAAUAACAUUUCAAGCACAAUGGAAAACGAUGUCUCGUUGAUAAAGGCAUCGUUAACUAAUGCGACAAACACAAUGAAUAACCUUAUUCAACUUGAGUUAAACAAAUCAGAAUCAAAAAUAGAUCUGACGGUUCAAAAUAUAUCGAUUUCCAUGACAACGCUAGAAAACGAGAUAACAGGCAAGCUAAAUAAUGUUCGACAAGACCUUUUCUCAUAUAAAAACGAUUUGCAGGGAAAGUUAAAAAAUAUAACAAUUUUGAUAUAUAAUACGAAUGAACGACUAGAGCUGAGUGAAUUGAAUAACAAUUCUACCAUCUCCCUUCUGGAACAAAACCUACAGAAUUUGCAUAAAGAACAAUUAACAUUAGUAGAUGACGUGGACUCGGCAAAUAAAGAGAUAUCAAUGUUAAUAAGUAAUCUUACUAAAACCUCAAACGUUUUACAGAAUCAGUUUUCAGAAUUCACAUCAAAUAUGUCUUCCUUGACAGAGGAAAUUAAAAAAGAGCAGCAUGAUACGUUUGGGUCUGUGGCAAAUAACAUUUCAAGCGCAGUGGAAAACGAAGUCUCGUUGAUAAAGGCAUCGUUAACUAAUGCAACAAACACAAUGAAUAACCUUAUUCAACUUGAGUUAAACAAAUCGGAUUCAAAAAUAGACUUAACGGUUCAAAAUAUAUCGAUUUUAUUGACAAUGCUAGAAAAGGAGAUAACAGGCAAGUUAAAAAAUAUUCGUCAAGACGUUUCCUCAUAUAAAAAUGAUUUGCAAGGAACGUUAGAAAAUAUAACAACUUCGAUACAAACUACGAUUGAACGACUAGAACUUGAUGUAGUGAAUAACAAUUUUACUAUUUCCCUUCUGAAACACAACGUACAGAAUUUACUAAAAGAACAAUUAACAUUAGUAGAUGACGUGGACUCGGCAAAUAAAGAGAUAUCAAUGUUAAAAACUAAUCUUACUGAAACCUCAAACGUUUUACAGCAACAGUCUUCCGAAUUGACUUCAAAUAUGUCUUCCUGGACAAAGGAAAUAAAAAAAGAGCAGCAUGAUAUGUUUGGGUUUGUGACAAAUAACAUUUCAAGCGCAAUGAACAACGAACUCUCGAUGAUGACGGUCUUGUUAACUAAUGCGACAAACACAAUGAAUAACCUUAUUCAACUUGAGUUACACAAAUCGGAUUCAAAAAUAAAUCUGACGGUUCAAAAUAUAUCCAACUUCUUGUCGGGGUUAGAACUUGAAUUAAAGAGCAAUAUUGAAAAUGUUCGACAAGAAGUUAUGACAAACAAAAAUGAUUAUCAGGAAAAAUGUGAGAAAAUGGUUAACGAUUCUGCCUUGAUCAACCUGCAACUUGUUAUGGAACUAGAUGACAAAUGUUCAAUAUCUGUAGAAAAUGUUACAAAAACUCUACUUAAAACCAACGAACGAUUGAAUUCGGAAGAACGGAAGUACAACUUGACGUUAAUUUCAUUUGAGGAUAAAUUAAACGUUUUUCUAAAUGACAAAGUAACAUUAGCAGAAAAUAUUGAUAAAACAAAGCAGGAAAUGUCAAUGUUGGAAAAUAAAGCGUUUGAAAAGUCUGAAGCAAAUAAAAUUCAGAUUUUAGAACUAACUUCGAACAUUUCAGCUUUUGCAAAAGAAAUGAAAAAGGAGCAAAACGAUUUUUACAGUCUAAUGACGAAUAACAUGUCUAAAGAAAUUGCAAACGAACUUUCGUCUAUACUGAUCUCCUUAACUACAAUGACAAGAAGGAUUGAUGAUCAAGACCGACUUAUUGUUCAAAACAUGUCUGCAAUAGGAGAUUUUAUUACACAAAAAUGUGAAACACAAAUGCAGGCGAUUGCUUUUAAUACGUCAUCAAAAAUCACAGAUAUUGAGAAUAUUUUGCUUACUCGCCUUGAGAAACAAGGAUUCCAAAAUAACGAAACGAUAAAAGGUAUGAAACACCUGAACGAUUUUAGUGAGGAAAUUAAUUCGAAGUUGAAUGAAACUAGUUAUCAACUUAUAAAUGUUUACGGCGACUUCCGACAAAUUCGCCAGCGGAUGGAUUCCAUGGAGAAUAAUCAAAAACAGCUGGAAAUAUAUACCAAUUCCUCCCUUGCACACAUUCAAAGUAUUGAAGCCAAUAUUUCUAUAUUCAAAGAAUCUGCGUUCAAAACAAUUUCAUCUAAGGUUGAUGAUGCCGCUGUAAAUGCUAGACAAUUAACCUCGAGAUUAAACCAAGUGACAGGAAGUAUAUCAACUUUGCAAAGCAAAGCAACAAGGUUUGAACAAUUUCACAGCAGUCAAAACACUCGGUUAUCAAAUAUCGAAAGUCGUCUUUCUAGUGCUUCAUCAUCUCUGACAAACAUAAAGAACGAUUUAAAAAAGAGAUAUUCUGGUGUUAUUCGUUUGACAAAUGGUGGAAGAACCUAUGGAAGAGUUGAGGUGUACCACAAUGGGGCUUGGGGAACAGUAUGUGACGAUGGUUGGGAUACCAGUGAUGCCCAAGUAGCCUGUCGUAUGAUGGGACUUAGCGGUGGGACUGCUAGGGGUUCAGCUUACUAUGGACAGGGAACAGGGACUAUCUGGCUUGACGAUCUGGGCUGCACGGGAUACGAACCAUCUCUGUUCGCCUGCCGUCAUCUAACCAUUGGAAGUCAUAACUGUAAUCAUGGUGAAGAUGCUGGUGUUUCCUGCAGCAAUUGAUGAUCACAAUAAGGAUGAUAACCAUUUUACAUUUAACAAAACGAACUAUGAUGGAAUAAGCAUGCUUAUUUGUGUUAAGUUGACUUAUUACAAUAUCCAUUGCUGUAAUUCCAAUAAAGCCUUUG